AUGUCAGGAACACGGUCAAGCGAAAACAAUGACGCCGAACUCGAAGCGUGGGCGAACUGGGUCUAUCCUCCCGAGUUCUACGACAGGCUCUCCAAGAUUCAUCUGACUGAAGGGGCUCUCGCGGAACUUGAUCGCCGCAACGCCGUUGCAAAAACAAAUCCAGUAAUUGCAUCUACCCGCCAGUGUGUGACGGAAGAAGAAGACGACGUGGCUCGGUUUGCGCGGCACGGCGGUCCUGACCUUAUGGAUGUUUGCAAUUAUGGCUACACCGAAUCUCGCCUAGUGGACACACUGGACAAAACCAAGCAGCUGCACCCAGACGCAGCUACGACGACAGAGACCAAGACGACCGAGUCUACGCCUUACAGUGCCAAUUUCGAACAGCACCUGGCGGACCACGGCGUGCAUGCCACAUACAGCUCGCAGAAGCCUGCCAACUGGGCUGAGAUCCGAUCCGUUGUAACCCAGCGGCGGCCGUCGCUGUCGUCGUCGCAGUUCUCAGAGGGCGCGUUCAACAGGUUCGAGGACGAGAAUGACCGUGCCAAGAACAAAGCCGACGUGAUGGCGCACGCAAUUCCGACAAUUCUUGACUCCAACGACCGCUGUGAGCAUCGUCGGGCGGAAGGGCGCAAUGUUCUUUUCGACAAUCUCGCACCGCUCACGGACGCCACGGUUACAAACCCAAUGCCCGACGUAUACUACGGUGCCCGUCCUGAUGAUCUCGCCCGGCCGAUACGUGACGAACUUGGCCCCAAUAUUAUGCCGUCGGCCGGCCAUGACUUGCCCUUGGCGCCUAAUUUCUUUGUGGAGGUAAAAGGCCCCAACGGCAGUGGUGCGGUCGCGAAUCGGCAAGCUCGCUAUGACGGAGCCGUCGGGUCGCGUGCUUUACACCAUCUACAAAACUACGGUGAAGCGGAGCCAACGUUUGAUGGCAUGGCCUACACAUAUAGCUCGACCUACAUCAGCGGCACGGGCACACUCCAGCUCUACGCCCACCAUAGUACCGCGCCGGUGACGAAAGGAGGACAGCCGGAGCACCAUAUGAGCCGGAUUAACGCCUGGGCCAUAAAUGGCAACGCCGACAGUUUCCGCCAUGGCGUCACGGCAUUCCGAAAUGCACGAGACUUGGCCAAGCAACAUCGAGAUGGGUUUGUCCAGGCGGCAAACGGCACCGUACAGAGGGAGCAGAAGGAGCCGAAGCAAAUAUCCCAGUCUGCUCACGUCCCUACAGACGUUGGACAGUCUCAAGAACAGCCACAAGAAGACGCAGGCGAGAAACAAACAAAGCGGGCGGGCGCCAACAAGAAACCGGCUCCAGCUCUGGGAGACACUAAAAACAGACAAAUCAACCCGCCCAAGCGACGGUGCCCGACGCCGGCCGUGGAGGUGUCGGUGCGUCUCACGCGAGCCGCAAAGAGACGUCGAUGCGCUGCCGAAGUGUAA